AUGGCAGGUCGUUUUGUGCGCGCGUCGAAAUAUCGACAUGUCUUUGGGAAGCCAACGAGGAAGGAAUCUUGCUACGAUAACUUGCAUAUCAGUCGCAAUGCUUGGGACACCAAUUUGGUAAAGGUCAACCCCGAAUAUCUGGCGGUGAAUUGGGAGGCCAGUGGCGGAGGUGCUUUUGCUGUCAUACCCAUCAACGAGAAGGGUCGACUGCCUGAACAAAUCCCGCUGUUCAGAGGGCACACUGCACCUGUGCUGGAUACAGAUUGGAAUCCUUUCAAUGACCGUGUUAUAGCCUCUGGCUCCGAUGAUGGCAAGGUGUUCAUAUGGCAGGUACCUCAGGGUUUCACCCUACAUCACGAUGAUGAAUUUGAAGACGUUGCCCCGGUGCAGCGGCUCCAGGGACACUCGAGGAAAGUCGGACAAGUCCUCUUCAACCCUGCAGCAGAGAACAUUCUUGCCUCAGCAUCCGGUGACUACACAAUUAAGCUCUGGGAUAUUGGAUCUGGACAGUCGAAUCUCACCUUGAAGCACGGUGACAUCGUGCAGAGUUUGUCAUGGAAUGCAAAUGGCACUCUAUUAGUAACGACCUCGCGAGACAAGAGGUUGCGUAUAUGGGAUGUUCGACAGGAGAGGGCGGCCCAUGAGGUCCAGGGUCAUACAGGCGCAAAAAAUAGCAGAGUGGUCUGGAUGGGCGAGCACAAUCGUGUUGUAACAACUGGCUUCUCUAAGAUGAGCGAUCGUCAGAUGGCCUUGUGGGAUGUUGGGAAUCCCAAAGAACCAAUCGGAGGCUUUACAGUUCUGGAUUCAAUAUCUGGGGUUUGCAUGCCAUUCUGGGACGAUGGGACGAACUGUCUGUAUCUUGCCGGCAAAGGCGAUGGAAACAUUCGAUACUACGAGUACGAGAAUGACAAAUUCGAAUUUUUGUCCGAGUACAAAUCUGGAGAUCCUCAACGAGGUAUUGCCUUCCUCCCAAGGCGCGGUAUCAACGUUCACGAAAACGAGGUCAUGAGAGCAUACAAGACGGUUAAUGAUAGUUACAUCGAACCCAUAGCCUUCACAGUUCCCAGGCGCGCCGAGGUCUUCCAAUCGGAUAUUUAUCCACCAGCGACCGGUCUCAAGCCUGCUGUUUCUGCUGCUGAGUGGCUUUCAGGGAAAGAUGGCAUCCCGUCUAAGAUUGACCUUGGGAGUAUAUAUGAAGGUAAUGCUCCAGUAGAAGUCCCAGCGGAUUAUAAGCCCCCUGCGUCUGCUCCUGCUCCUGCUCCUGUGCCAGUGAAAGCUCCAGCACCCCCAAAAGAAGAUAUCCAGCCGACUACUUCUCAGAGAGGGCCGCCCCCUACCUUGUCCGAGCAUAAAGGUUCAAUCGCAGCCAUGGCAUCGAAGUUCCAAGAUGAUGAUGCUGAGGAUGACGACGAUGAUGACACUUCGAGUUUCGAGGAUAUUUCAAGACCAGCGCAAAAAUCCAUCCCAGCGGAAGCAAAAGCAGAAACCAAAGCUUCGCCUACCAAAACUUCCCCGCCAAAGGCAGCUCCUGUAUCUCAACCUGCACCACGACCUGUUCAGCCGCAACCAGCAUCAUCAAAACCUAUCACUAUCCCUACUUCGUCUGCUAUUCCAGCCGUUGGCUCAACACCAUCACCUUCAGGUACUUCGUCCGUUGAAGCAUCCCUAGAGCAAAUCAAGAGCCUCCUAGAAACGCAGAUGAAGACCAUCAACGCUCAAAGUGAGAAGAUUGUACAUUUAGCGCGCGAGGUUGAUACAUUGAAGACGAAGGUUGGUGCUGGGACACAGGACCAGAGUGAAAGAAUCAGACAGCUGGAGUUGGAGUUGGAGGCUGCUAGGUCUUAG